AUGAACAACAAUCCCGUCAGCUAUUAUAAUGAUGUCUGUCAAGCAUCUUACCCGGAAGACUACGACCCUGAUGACACUCAUCCUCCUGUUACCUCUUUUCCUGUCAAUUUCGAUAAAAUAUCUGCUACUCCGAAUACUAUUGACCAUGGAAAUACAGGCGAUUCUACGCCCUUUCAAGGCAAUCCAUAUUAUUGCACACGUCUGGAUAACGUUGACACGAUGGACGGGCUAUCGAAUGUAUCUUGCCCACCGGCUUGUUAUGAUCAAGUCGAAACAAACACAAACAGUUCUUGCCCGCUCCCAGAAUCAUUUCGUGGCUACUAUCCUGAUAUGACGAAUUCCGGUCCGACUAAUAAUUAUUUACAACAUCCCGGCAUGAUUGACAAUACACCGGUUGCGUAUACGUCUACACAAAUGCCUCCGCAAAUGUCAUUUUCAUCUAACGUAAUGAACGCGCCCGCAAGAACAGAGUAUUUUGUUAUGAAAGUGGAGUAUACCCCAUUAGUCAGGAUACCAACUCCUGACAUUGACAAAAUAUUAGCUACUCUCGAAAGUGAGAAAGAGCCUUAG